GUUUAUGAUGCUGAAAGAUUGACUACUAGCUUAGUGAUAACCUCAUUAUUGUUGUUAAUGACAAAUCAUUAUAGCAGGUGGUGCUCUGCCCUCUAAAAGCCAUCCAGUAUUUAACACACGACACCAACCUGUUGUAGAGAGAUCCACACAUCAAUCUAAGGCUUCAAAACCCGCAUGGCUUUUGGCCAUCAAAAUAGUAACAGGAAUUAUGUUGGGUUCUCUAUUUGUCAUUGCUCUCAUCACUACACUUCGGAAGUGCAAAGGUAAACGUUCAAUAAUCAUCCCUUGGAAGAAGUCAGCAAGUGAUAAAGACUACAAGAUAAUGUACACAGAUUCCGAGCUACUGAAGGAUGUGGUGAGGUACAGCAGACAAGAACUUGAGGUAGCCUGUGAAGAUUUCAGCAACAUUAUCGGUUCCUCUCCGGAUAGCCUAGUAUAUAAAGGAACCACGAAAGGUGGGCCAGAAAUAGCUGUAAUAUCCCUUUGCGUCAAAGAAGAGAAUUGGACAGGCUUCCUCGAACUUUAUUUUCAGAAAGAGGUAGCAGAUUUGGCAAGAUUAAAUCAUGACAAUACUGGAAAGUUGCUAGGGUAUUGUAGAGAAAGUAGUCCAUUUACAAGGAUGCUGGUAUUUGAAUAUGCAUCAAAUGGAACACUUCACGAUCACCUUCAUUACGGAGAAGGAUGUCAAUUUUCUUGGACACGGCGCAUGAAAAUUAUUAUUGGCAUAGCCAAGGGACUAAAGUAUCUUCACACUGAAAUUGACCCUCCAUUUACUCUAUCUGAAUUGAGUUCCAGUGCCGUGUAUCUUACACACGAUUUUUCUCCUAAGUUGGUUGAUUUUGAGAGCUGGAAGUCAGUUCUUUCAAGAUCUGAGAAGAGCUCAGGCACAAUCAGCAAUGAAGGUGACAUUUGUGUUCUUCCAAAUUCUAUGGAACAACGCCAUCUCGAUAUCCAGGGUAAUAUCUAUGCUUUUGGAAUACUUCUAUUGGAAAUAAUCAGUGGUAGACCUCCAUAUUGCCAAGAUAAAGGGUGCUUAGUCGAUUGGGUAAGACGAAAAGAACUUUUUUAAACACUCCGUUUAUCAUUUCCAUGACUGUUUCGAGUCAU